UCGGUGUUUAAGCUUGCUUCCACACUAACAUCGCGCGCAUCUUCCGCGAUAAACGCACACACUGUCACAGCAUGGCUGCGUCAUCCAAAGAAACAGAAGAAACACGCGAUAGUGAUAUUGCGACGACAGGACGCCGGCUAGACAUAUAGUCGGUCCGUUUGUUUCCGACUUGUCAAACAUCGGGAAAGACACGUCCGCGUUCAGUUCGGAUGGUCAGUCAGUACAAAGAGAUCUGUCGGGCCAGGAUGCAGGCGUCAGGAUCGUCCGUCGCGAUUUUCCUGCUAUGUUAUGUUUCAAUCACCGCGACCUACCCGAUGACGACGACGACGACGAUGACGAUAACAACAACAACGACGACGGAAGUCGUGCACGAAACGAAUCCGUCGACGAAGUGUUGCGUCGUCGGCUACGCGUUCGAUGAAAAUCUCGAAUGCGUCCAUGUAAAGUCGAACAAGUUCAACUAUACCGCGCACGACGCCCGGCAAACGAUAUCGUCCCAGCAUCCCCAACAGAUCGUUACUGUGCUCGCGUCCGUGCCUGGCUUGAACUGCAAUAACGAUGCCAUGAAUCGUCAAGCCCUGCGCGGCUACGCGGCCAUUCUCACAUCGAAAGAUUAUUGUAUCGAGAAUAUGAUUAACGGCACGAUCGUGCUCGUCAAGUGUGCGGAGACGCCUGUAAACAAGGAGAACUCGAGGGAAACGUUGAUGAUGAUGAAGACCACGACGAUCAUCACUGUAACAACCAUCACCACUAUUACCACCAUCAACAUGGCUUCGAAUCUAACGAAGGACGACCGAGAGGGGAUCGUUUAUCACAACAAUAAUUUGAGAACGGUCAUUUUCUGGGGCGCGCAGACAUACAUGGAUACCAACGUGGUCCACGUGGUUCUCUGCGUGAUUGUCGUCGUGGUAUAUUUAUCCGUUCCGAAACUGGGCAAGAAGAUCUACAAUCGUGCGGUUCUGCGUCACAACGUCUGUCUGUUGCUGCAGGGAUGCAUUCUGAUGUUCCUCGGCUUUUGCGAGCUAUGCGACUGUCCAAUGAGUAACGAAUUCGCCACGUUCCUAUGGAUAGUGUUGCAGUAUUUCACGAACGCCACUGUGUUCUGGCUAAACGUAAUCUGCUUCGACAUGACUCUGUCGAUUACGCGGUUCCGCUGGAUGCUCGGAUCCGGUCAACAGACCAGUCAGGAGGAGAACAGGAGACUUCUUCUGUACGGCAUCUUCGCCUGGGGAGGCGCUCUCAUCCCUGCCGUUGUUGCCUUCAUCUUGGAAUAUUUCCCCGGAAUUCCGGACGAUCUUCCGCUAAAACCAAAUUAUCAUCGGUAUCGCGGCGGCCCGAACUUCGUGGUAAACAUCUACUUCUUCGGCAUCCCGCUAUUGACGCUCUUCUGGAAUAACAUACUGUUCGUGUUUACCACGUAUAAAAUCAUACGCAUACAACGAAGCACGGAGAUAGCAACGAGGAACAACACCAAUGCCCUCAGGAAGAAAUACUUCCUCUUCCUGCAGCUGUACUUGCUGAUGGGCGCGCCCUGGUUCUUCGGUCUACUCUUUGCCUGCCUGAACAAGCUCGUGGUACUCAAGAUAUGUCGGAUGAUAUGGCCGAUACUGUGGCUUCUGAUGCUCGCCACUCACAAGAAAAUGCGACAGAAGCUGGUGAACAAGUUGCGGUGCAUCAAGAAGAAACAAGAAGUAAAUUCGUAAAGAAAAAAACUCUUGGAUUGAAAUCCGUAUCUUGGGCAAAAAGACAAAAAAAAAACGGAUGCGGUAAACCAAUAGUCGUCGAUCUCACAAUUGAAGCGUAUAAAUCACGGAAUAUCCGUCCAUCAUCUUCGUCAUCGUCAUUGUCAUCGUCAUUGUGUAAUUUCGCAGCGAACGACGAAGUCGCUCUUACUCAUCGUCACGCUCGAGCAUUUGCAUUUUUUUUCUUACGCAAACCGUAGGAAACCCCCUUGCAGGAAAAUAGAAAAGAGAAAGCAAAGAAUCAACGCCUCGUCGCCGCAAUAUCCGAUGUGCGCGGGCUGAGCGAUGAUGAGUCGCGCCGCGGAAAAACUCGCGGCGUCGAGACGCGCGCGGCGGAUAAUAAAGGAGUCGCGGCGCGACGCCGUUUCCUGCCGGAGCAUUUUAAUUACCGUAGACGCGCCGCCCAUUCGUUUGCCCUCUCGCUCGCCCCCUUCUCUUCCUCUCCCGCGGUUUUUUUAUGACAUGUAGAAUAUUAAUCCGUUAGUUAUACCGACGCGGGCGAUAUAUAGUAGGCAAAUCUUUUGCAUCUCUAAAAAAAUGCAACAAGAACGUGAUUCCUUUUUCUCUCGAGAAAAGAAAGCAAUCUUUCGUCACACGCAUGCCAAUAAGUUAAAAUAUAUAAUAAAAUUAUACUAGUGAUAUUUUUUUUUUUUUUUUUUUUACCGUACAUAUAUCGAUUUUUGUGUCUAAUAUUAAAUAAAGGAAGAUUCUAUCUCGCGCGCGCGGUAUGUAAAUAUCAAUGAUAUUAUGGAAAUUCCGGUAUUCUAGUCAAUGGGAGAAAAAACAAGUCAAUUAAUGAGUGUAAAUAGCGACGGAAAUUACCUUGAAUCGCGAAGCUCCCGAUAGCACAAUCAUAUGAUCGCGUGGAAUCGAUAAUAAGUGACGGCCUACGGGCAACGACUUAUUAAAGACUAUUGAUUCCGACGUUCUUCUGCGCAGCAAAACGCAGUAGAAAAGAAAGACAUAAGGAUCAUUAUAGUUCCCUUAAGGCAAUCGCAAUACCAUAAACAGGUAUUUCUGAGAAUGUGAUAGAGAAUAUGAUGUCGAUAUAUAGGAGAGAUUACAAGAUUAUAUAAUAUAAUAAUUAGCUUUUAGUGUGUGCUAAGACUUGAUGUAAAUAGACAUAUAAUUAAUCUAUUUAAAUGUCAUCUGUGCGUUCUACUUUGGAAUAUUUUAUUGUAAAACAAGCUCAAUAUUUCUAAAAAAAAGAGACAAUUUACUCAGCAUUACUCUUUUAUUUAGAAUGCAAAAACACGAUUUGGAAAUAAAUUUAUCUCCAAAUUGUAAAAAAAUAUUCAACAUUUUUUUCCAUUCGGAAAAACUAUCAAAAUGGAAACAUCUAUGACAAACAUUUAACUGAAAC